AUUUUGAGUACGUUGCAGCGGAUUGCCUUCUCGUUUGACUAUUCUUCGAAACGCCUUCUGGCAUUUCAGGAAUGCUUUGCUUAUAAUGAUGGUGUCAGAGAGGAAAUUCAAAGAAGAACGAAGCUAUGCACGUUGUGCGACACUCGUUGGGCGAGCAGGGCAGAUAUCUCUGUUCACCUUUCGUACAGCAUUCAGGGUUGUCGUGCAGGUUUUGGAGAGCCUUCCUUCGGGUGGAGACUGCAAGGCAAGGAUUUACCUAUGA